GCGCAGCCGCAACCUGCGCUGAGCGCUGACAGCAGGCUGGCCGGGAGACCGUUUGCUGCCGCCGUUGUUGUUGCCGCUUCCACUCCACGUUGUGAGUCUCGGAUACGCUGACACCAGAACUGGACUUAAUUUCUGUUACAGGAAACUCAAACAACAGCAACAAAGUGUUUUGUUUAAGGCUUUUUUUGGACACGCUGACCUCCGAGCUUCCUCCUCCUCCCGGUGGUGAACGGACUCUCGGUGAAGUGAGACUCUGAACGAACUGAACGAGGCUGACAGCCGAGAGACGUUUGACUGCAUGAAGAGGCCGAGUGACGGGACCCUGGUCCUCACCUAGACCCCUCCCACGACCACCCCCUACCCCCCACUGCCUGGACAUGAGGUCAUUCCGAUCGUUUGCAAACGACGACCGCCAUGUCAUGGCCAAGCACGCCAGCAUCUAUCCUGCGCCGGAGGAGCUGGAGGCGGUCCAGACGCUGGUGUCCACCGUGGAGGGAGCCCUCAAGAAAGUCUCUGAUUGGAUGGAUGGCCUCAACACAUCCUCAGGGAAGACCUCCACUGACACCGGGGCUGGAGACAUUAAGGCGGAUGAAGACGCUGCUGAGACGAAGCCGGAUGGCACGCCGGCGCUGUGCGGGGUGACACGUGUCGGCCUGGUGGCCAAAGGCCUGCUGAUCAAAGGGGACAUGGACCUGGAGCUGGUGCUGAUGUGCAGGGAGAAACCCACCAAACUGCUGCUGUACACCAUCAGCGCCAACCUCCCCCUGCAGAUCCAGACGAUGACUGAGGACAAAUACGAGGUGCAGUCGUGCGCGCCCGACGCAGCCAUCCGGGUCUGCAGCACCAAAGACCCUCGACUCACGCUGAAGAUCACCCUCUCCUCCUUAACCAUGAGGGAGGAGCACGGCACCACAGAAGAAGAUGAGGGCCAUCAGGACGACAACAAGGAGAGGCAGGAGGACGAGGAGAAGGAGGAGGAGGAUGUCCUGGACAGGCAGAAGUGCCAGGCUGCGCUGGCGUCGCUCCGACACGCCAAAUGGUUCCAGGCUCGAGUCACAGAUCUCAAGUCUUGCGUCAUCGUUUUGAGGAUUUUCAGAGACAUGUGCAACAGACUGUCUGGGUGGCAGCCUCUCAAAGGAUGGCCUCUGGAGCUGAUCUGUGAAAAGGCCAUAGCCACCUGUAACCGGCCGCUAGGUCCAGGCGAGGCCCUGCGUCGCGUCAUGGAGUGCAUCGCCUCAGGGAUCCUCCUGCCAGGAGGUCCAGGAGUUCACGACCCCUGUGAGAGGGAACCCACAGACGUCCUGUCUGACCUCAGCGCCCAGCAGGCGGACGCCAUUACACACAGCGCACAGCAUGCGUUACGCCUCCUAGCCUAUGGACAGCUUUACAAGGUCUUGAAUAUGGAUCCUCUCCCCACCAGCAGGCCCUCACCAAGGCUGUUAGAAGGCGGCUGUCAAAAGAGGCUUCGGGAGGACGUCGGGUCAGAUGACAGAGAUUUCAUCAAACGGAUGAAAGUCCUGGACUGGAGGAUGACGGAUCCCAACCACCCCAUGAACGCUCUGAUGCGUCUGAACCAGAUCCACCCGGGCCUCCAGUACCGCCUGCUGUCUCAGUCCGGCCCGGUGCAUGCUCCCGUCUUCACCAUGUCUGUGGAGAUCCAGGGAACCACCUACCAGGCCACCGGGAACUCUAAAAGAACCGCCAAGCUCCAAGUGGCCCUCAAGGCGCUGCAGGCUCUGGGAUUCGUGCUCGGCGGCGACGGAGACGUUGACUCACUCAGCGCCGAUGAGAAGUCAGAUGGUGAAGGCAAGAACGACAGGAUGUCCACCAGCUCCAGCUCCACCUCCAUCACCUCCUCCACAGACACACAGGAGUCCAGAGCUCCAGGUCCGAUCCUGACAGCGGGAGGUAAAAACCCGGUGAUGGAGCUGAAUGAGAAACGCCGCGGCCUCAAAUAUGAGCUGAUAUCGGAGAGCGGCAGCAGCUACGACAAGCGCUUCAUCAUAGAGGUGGAGGUGGACAAGCAGGUUUUUCGGGGAACGGGUCCCAAUAAGAAAGUAGCCAAAGCCAGCGCAGCACUCGCGGCCCUGAACAGCCUGUUCUCUGGCUCCAAAUCUACGAGCAACAAGAAGAAAAGACCCAACCCUCCUCCAAAGCGGCCUGUGGCAUCGGUGCUGACUCUCCCGGCCCUCGCUGCCAGACCUCCACGUGUCCCCGUCAUCCCCAGAGCUCCCUACAUCAGCACCCCACCCACACAUGGAUACAUCCCCCCCGGUUUUGGUGCUCCUUAUGGUUACAGCCCUGCAGGCGCCCUCCAUCCCUACGGCGGCCUGUACAUCGACAGUGCCUAUUACCAGCCGCAGACCCUAGCCACACCUAUCAUCAUCCACCUGGGCCCUCAGGAUCUUUUCUGACCCCGCCGAUGCCCCGAGACCAGACUCUGCCACAGCCUCGGCCUCCUGUUUAAUCCCUCACCCUUAUUAAACUCUGUCAGCGCCUCUCGAUUACUGCGGUGCCGCCCCUCCGGGUUUCUCCCUCCACACGAGACACGGCAGCAAUAUUGAAAGCAAUAUGGAGGAGAAAACACCUCGGGCAACACUCUGUCAAGUCUAGGCCUGGUUUGAGUGGAGAAGAGGCCGCAGACGAGACUUUGUUUGACCCAACCCGCUCACAAAAUGUCAAUAAAACACAAAGCAAUACUUCUUCUUGCCUUCGGGAAUCUCAACGUGUUCCAAAGCGACUUGACUCGACUUGGUGAAUUCAAACGGACCAUCAGCACCGGCACAUUCGCUACAGUGUGACCAGCUGUAUGUAAAUAUAUUUACUAUCUGUAUAUAUGGAUGUAUGUGAGUUUUAAAUAUAUAAAUAUAAACCUGUUAAUAUGUUUGAAUAUGUAAAACCCAACGACGGGAAGCAACAUAUUUCUAAUAUAUCUCUGAAUGUAAAUACAUUAUUGACUGAAGUAGCUUUGUAUUUAAAGCACUCUCAGAUAUCUAUAAAUCUUAAGAGUUGAAUACAUUUUACAAACUGUCUAUAACACUAUUGGUAUGUUGAUGGUAUAUAAUCCCUAUUUAAACCUCAUUACAUGUAGUAGAUGACCUAGUCAUUUUCCAUUUCAAAGCACCAGGAUAAAAAAAUGCCACAUACAA